UCUGUCUUUUUACUGAUCAAUCGUGUGUGUGGUGGACGUGUAUUUUUUCAGAGCAUUCAAAUUUGACAUCAUGCCUCCAAAAGAAACAAAGGGAAAGAAAGGGAAGAAAGGACAAAAAGCUGUGGCAUCACCUCAGAAACGUAAAGCUGUUGAAGUAGAAGAAGACGAUGAUGAUGACAGUGAUGACGAUAGUGAUGAUGAACCAGUAACAAAAGUGGCACCACAGAAAAAUAAGAAGGCCAAGGCUGCUCCACCUGCUGAAGAGAGUAGUGAUGAUUCAGAUUCAGAAGUACCUAAAAAGGCUGCUUCCAAUUCUGUAGCCAAACCAACUAAAGCUGAUGGAGACAAUGAUGAAAUAAAAACUGAUGAAGAACCAAAGAAGACUGCUCCUAAGGUUCAAGUCAAACAAGCAAAGAAAGGAAAAGCUGCUCCAGCCAAGGAAAGUGAUGACGAUGAUGAUGAUGAAAGUGAUUCUGAUGAAGAACCAAAAAAGGCCGCUCCUGCCAAGGAUAGUGAUGAUGACGAAGAUGAUGAUGAGGAUGAAAGUGAUUCUGACGAGGAAGAAGCUCCUCAAAAAACAAAAAAAGCAAAGCAAUCUAAAAUGGAAGUAGAUGAUGAUGAUGAUGACGAAUCAGAUGAUGAUGAUGACGAAAGUGAGGACGAUUCUGAUGCAGAAGAAACCGCUGUGACAAAUGGGAAGAGAAAGAAGGAAAAACAAAACAAAAAGGAAGCAAAGAAACAGAAGACUGAAGAUAGCGACACAAUUACCCUGUUUGUUGGAAACCUUCCAAAAGAAAUGGAUGCUGAUAAAGUUGAAAAGAUCUUCACCAAGAAAGGGAUAGAAGUAAAAGAAGUUCGUAGACCUGAGAAAAAGAAGUUUGCCUAUAUCGAUUUAGAAAAUAGUGAAGACCUAGAAAAAGCUGUAAAACUUAAUGGAAAGACGAUAGGAGACAGUGUACUGGUUGUAGAAAAAGCUAAAUCCCGAAUAGAAAAGGAGAAUUCAAAUGCAAGCACACCAGCCAGACAAAGUACUGGUGGAGGAAAAGAUGACUCUACAUUGUUUGUAAAAAAUCUAUCGGAUGACACAACUGAAGAAAGUUUAAAAGAAUUUUUCCCUGAAUCUGUUGAAAUUAGGUUACCAAGGAAACCAGAUGAUAGUCAUAGAGGGUUUGCCUAUAUAGUUUUCAAGGCACCAUCUGAAGUAGAGUCUGCACUUAAGGAUAAGCAGGGCUCAGAGUUGGAUGGUAAUGCCCUGUACUUGGAUCAUUCUGGAAGUAAGAAGACAUUUCAAAGUCCUGGAGGUAGAUCUGGUGGAAGUUCGGGAGAACCUGGAAAGUCUAAAGUUCUUUUUGUUAAGAAUCUAUCCUUUGAUACUGACGAACAUGGAUUGAAAAGUGCUUUCAAAGGCUCUACUGCUGCAAGAAUAGCAAAAUUUCCCGACACUCAGAAACCUAAAGGGUUUGGAUUCGUAGAUUUUGAUUCUGCUGAAGAUGCCCAGUCAGCAUUUAAUGCCAUGAAAGGAAAAGAAAUAGAUGGUAGACAGAUAUUUGUAGACUUUGCUGGCGAGAGAGGAGCAGGAGGAGAUAGAAGAGGCGGUGGACGUGGAGGGGGAUUUAGAGGUGGACGUGGAGGUGGAUUUAGAGGAGGACGUGGUGGUGGUGGUGGAAGAGGAGGCAGAGGUGGUUUUGGAGACCGAGGACGUGGACGUGGAGGUGGAGGAGGUUUCAGAGGUAACAGAGGUGGCAUACAGGGGUAUGCAGGAAAAAAGAAGACAUUUGAUGACUAGAUGACCAAUUAUGUAACUUGCAAUUGAAUGAAUAAAGGAAUGAUUGUUAAAUGGUUCGCUUGCCAUAUUGAGGAUUUUUUUUUGCAAUUUUACAAGUUGUAAAGCACAGUAUGAAAGAAGACUUUUAGAAAGAACAAUGCUAAAAUGUACAAGUACUGUUUUUGGGAGUGAUGCCAAUUAAUGAUACUUCAGACUGACCAGCUGAAAAAACAAUGUUCAGUCUUUGUAAAUCUUAUGUAUACUUUUAGACUGAUUAACAUGAACACUAGAUUGUAUACUUGACUUGUUUUUGUUUUGACCUAAACAUCAAAUAUUUUUUAUAUAAGAAUUUUUGGCACAGAAGUGUCAACAUUUAUGGAGUGUUUUAUUGAUGGAAUGUCGGAUAAGCAUUUAAACGUGUUUUGAAAUCUGAUUUCCAACAAGAUCUGUCAAAUUAUUAUUCAAAUUUCAUAGAAAGAUAUUGGAGUAGACACUUCCCUUGCUAUGUUAAUUUCUUAUAAAAUAUUUGUUGACCUAGGGAACUAAUCUGUAAUUGUUAAUAGAAAAUUUGUUCUAUUUUGAUAUUUUAAGCUCAUUGAUAAUUUCAUCACAUACAUUCACAAAGUAAUAAAUAACCUAUCUGAUCUUGAAUGUUCCUAUCAUCAGUAGAUACUAUAGUUGUCCUAUUUGCAUUUAUACCACAUCCAUUUUUUUCUAAUGUGUUCUGAUCAUUUGUGACAUUUUGAAACCAUAAUUUUAUUUAUACACUUAAGAUUUGUUAAUGUAUUUACAUGAAUUGUUAUAUGAAGUCAUUUUAUGUCAUCUGCACUCUUUUCACACAAAAUUGUACAAUUAUUACUGAAGUGUUCAUGACCAGAGAGUAGUUCAUUGUAAGAUUUUUGUGAAAAAAGUUGCUGUAUUUUAUCAUUGUCACCUUUGUUACGUUUGCCAUGAUAUUUUAUGCUCAUGUCAACACGCUGAAUAAUAAAUAAAUAGAAUUGAA